UGGCCUGUUCAUUUUAUAAUAAAAAAAAAGUAGUAGGUUAUACCUAUAUUUGAACGUGUUUUGUUUUUCAUCAGUGGUUUAUCAAGGAAAUAAUAUUGUAAAUGGUGGGUGAAAGUAAGGAAUGGUGUGUAAAAGCACCUUGGGGCAACAUUGCUUGCGUAUCAUGGGGUAUACCACAAAAUCGGCCAGUACUCAUGGUUCACGGCUACAUGGACACUGCUGCCACCUUCAUACCGAUUGUCAAGCAUUUACCUGAUGACUACUUUUAUCUUGCAGUUGACUUACCUGGACAUGGCAGGUCGGAUCCGUUUCCAAUUGGUCUCCUGAUAUCACACGUUCACCAAGUAGAAGCAAUUCGUCGUGUUGUGGAAUACUUUAAGUGGGACAAAUUUGUGUACAUGACGCAUUCCGUUGGCUUUGCAAUAGGAAUUCUGUUCAAUUUCUUCUACCCCUUUAAGAUAUUGAAGAUGGUAAAUCUGGACCCCGUGCCGCCUCUGUCGACAUACUGCUUCCACGAGUACAGCCCCAUGCUUUGGUACCAGUACCAGUAUGAUGAUUAUUAUGAAAAUUACUCAAGAUGGGAAAAUCAUCGCAAUAAACAAUACACAUACGAUCAAGCGCUUGAUUUAUUGGUACGAAGUAGGAAAUUGUCAAGAGAACAGUCCGCAGUGGUAAUGUCUAGAGUACUCAUACCGUUGGGCGAUGGUAUGUAUAGAUUAUCAUGGGAGCCAACUAUGAAAAAAGUUGUUGGCGUUGCUGUAACUGAAGAUAUGCUAAGUAGUAUUGUUACAAAAAACGCGCCACCAAUGCUAAACAUCGUUGCAUCGGUGGAUGAAACAAUAACAAUUUUCAAGAAAAAUGGCGUCCGGCUAAUGAACAGAUUCAAGAAAUCCAUACCAAACUUUUUCGUACUCAACGUAACCGGCUCUCAUGACAUCCACAUAACUAACCCGGAAUCUUUUGUCGACGAUAUUGUUGAGUUUUUGAAUACCGAUUUCAGUAGUUCGGUGAAGGCGAAAUUAUAGUAUAAUUAUUGACCCAGUUUGCACAA